AUGGGGCUCCUGCCCCAACGUGAAGUGUUCCGUGUGUUUCGGCUCCCUGAAGCUGCUUUCCUGAGCGCUUCCAGCCAGGUAGCUCUGUGUGGGGCAGUCCGGCUUUACGCCGUGCUUCAGGAAGAGUACAAAAUUAUGAAAGAUAGUAUGAACUUGCAACAGUUAGUUUCAAAGGUAUAUUCUUACCAGAGAAUGAUAUCUUCUAUUGCUAAAUCAUUGCCAGCUGUAGCAGAACUGAACCCUUAUGAGAUCCUUGCCUGGCUCUUGAGGAUGUCUGAAAAGGAUUGUGAUAACGAGAGUUGCUCUGCUCUUAAUGUGCCAGAUUUCAAGAAUGCUUUGAAGGAGUUCCAGAAACUAGUUGAAAAAACAGUAACACAGAAGACAGAGGAAAGAUUAGGCUUGUAUAUUAAAGAUGAUGAUGAGAUAGACUAUGAUAAGUUCACACAGACACUUUUUAGCCCAGAAGUUAAGGAUCAUAAUGUUAAAGCCUUUUUCAGGAAGAUUAGCAACAACCUUGAUGCAAGAACAGAAUGGUGUGAGAUUUUGGGCUAUUUCAUAGGAGAAAGUGGUGCCGUGUCUUCCCAGGUUCAAGAAGAAAACAUAGUUUUCCUUGUAUCUGAAAAACAGCAGAUUACUCAUCCAGUUGUCAAGAGACGAGAUGUGAUUAAAAGCAUAGUGAAGGUGCCCCAUCUGGAUUUCACAGUGACAUCGUCUCAGAAAGGAGUGCUAACUAUUUUUAAGAACCAGAUGAGGGUUCUGGCAACCACCAAUGUUGAAGAUACUGCUUGGAUCACUGGAUGUGAUUUCCUAACUCAGAUGGAAUAUGUUGGGGCUGUAACUGAAAGGACAAUCAUCGUCUGGGACUAUAAAUCAAAAGGAAGUCAGAAUAAUUGCUUUAUCAUCAAACCAAUGGAAAAUGGUCUGCUCUGUGUUUGCACGGUGACUAUGUCAGAUCACCUGGCUGAUGAUAAUAUCAUAAUGGGAGAUGAUAAGGGUUAUGUUCACCUGCUUAAAGUGACCGGUGAUCACUUCGGAUUGAAGCAAUGUAAAGGCAAAAAGGAAUCACAGGUUCAGAUUUUGGAUUCCAAAAUUUUUAACAUUGUUAAACGCAAGCUACAUGAUGACUGGGUUGUAAAGUAUAUUUCUGACCUAAAUUGUUUUGGAUCCUGCUCCUCAGACAGUAUUCAUUCAUUUGUUUUGGAUGACAUAAAGGGACUAGAGGAUAGCUUACCUGUAAAGGAAUUUUCAGUCCCUAGAGGGGUGAAUGCCUUCACAUAUUGUGGAAAAGCAAAAGUCAUUGUCACUGGAGGUCAUGACAAAUUCCUUCGUUUGUGGCAUCCUUGUAUUAAUAGCAGGCCUACAGGGAAGCUAUCAGGACACCGACAUAGUGUUGUGGAAAUUGUGACAAAUGAAAAAGAUCAGUACGUUAUCAGCCUUUCUUCUGCAAAGAUUGUUCGAGUGUGGGAUAUACAGAUCCUUUCAAUGCUUCAGGUCUUUCAUGAUAAUCAAGGGAUUCCUGGAGAGUUGGAGACCCUUGCCAUGGUAUUUGACAAUGAUCGUGGCACGCUGAUCACAGGUUCAACUGUCAUUGAUAUUUGUCCCCUAACUCACAUGAUACAAGAUACGAAACAGGUUCCACAGACACAUGAGAAAAGCAUCAAUGUUCUGGCUUACAACAGGGCUUUUCACCAAAUCAUCACUAUCUGCUCUCAGUCAAUACUGAAGGUCUGGGACCUAGAAACAAGAUAUCAAAUAUACCAGAUUGAAGAUGCACAUGGGCUGAAUAUUGAAGUGACCUGUGCAGCCACUGAAAUAAAUGGUUUUUAUCUUGCUACUGGGGCAUGUGAUGGAACUGUGAAAAUCUGGGAUAUUGGAAGUGGACAGAAAGUUAAAGCCUUGCCUUUGGCCCAGCACAGCAAAGAUGAGCAUGGUCUGCUGAAGCUAGUUUAUCUGAAGGCUAGUGAGAGUCAACAUGCAAUUCUUGUUUUAGAGCAGAGUGGGAAGAUGAAAAUCAUUCAGGGUAAUGAAAUUAAAAUGUGUCUAGAAGUUACAUGGGUGCUUCCUGAGGCAGUGUUGUUUCUACAAAGGAAUCCAGUUGAGUUUCUGUCACUGAAGCCUGACACCUUACAAAAACAUGAUUUUUUUCUGAAUAUUCAGCUGCCGUCUGACACCAGUACUCUGAGCAAUGAUACAGAGUGUUUUGUACCUUCUGUGGAAAUGAAGUGCUUCGAUGUUUUAAAAGUAGAAGGAUGCAGUUUGAUAACUACAGGAAGUGCAAAUGGUGCAAUAAUUUUGUGGGAUUUUGAAUCUGCUUCUGUCAGAUGUAUGUGUAAAAUUAAUGAGAAUAGCCAAGCUUCAAUUCCUCAAGCAUCUGGAGUCAAUGCCAUGUUAUUCCUUAUACGUAGUGCUUCCUCUUCCAGGAAAGUUUGUUUUCUGUCCUCUACUACUGCUGCGAGUACAGAUAUCAAUGCCAUUCCAGAGCACAAAGACAGAUUGAACCUAAAUAAGGGACGUAUUAUGCGCUGGAGCAUUCUGUCAUUCUUAGAAGAUCCACAAAAUAGUAAAAGACAAAUAAAGGAGGAGCUCUGCUGGAGGGCACGUUCUACUGAAGUGGUUGGCUUAUUUCAUGAAGAGGAGAAAAACGUGGUAGUGACAGCAUCUGUUGAUGGUUCAGUCAGACUCUGGCAUGCCACGAAUGGAUGCUAUCUUGGUUACUUCGGACAGCCCGGGAAGUUUGAAUUAUCAGAUAUCAGUCGGUUGAUUUUGCCUUGUGAUGUUAAUAGCUUUCCUAUUAUAAUUAAAGAGGAAAGCAAGCAUAUGGAAAAUAAAAAGAAAUUUGAAUAUCCUCUAAUGCCGGACAGGGACAGUAAUGCACUGACUUUGGUUUCCCUUGAUCAGAUCCACAGACAACCUUUGGAAAUUUUUGAGUCAGGAAACAGAGAAGCUGGUGCAGUAUUUGGGUCUCUUCCCAUAUAUGAGGUAAGCACAAGUGUUUUCUUUUCCACCUUUUGCAGUGACAUUAAUGCAGCAGAAGCCAUUAGCACUAGUCUUCAGUGGAACAAAGCUGAGAUGUCCAGUCCAUCUAGAUGGACGGUGGAGACAGAGCUCAGUGGAGAACAAGAUCAAGACAAACAAACAUAA